UCCUGGGAAAUCACACUGGUUAUUUGUCAACGAAUUUUUAUAUUUCUCAACAAUGUUAAAAUGUUCAAAUGUAUUAGCAUCUAUUGAUUUCCUAUUAAUGCAAUUAUCCAAAUGAAAAUUCUAAUUUUGAGCCCAUGAAUUGAACUAAUUAAUUGCAUGGUAAAAACAUGAAUCUGUAAAAGUAGUGCACCUUGGAUUUGACCAAGCCUACUGUAGGACACAGUGAAGAUGGAAACACUAAAGACACAGGCCCUAUUUAUGGUUAUAAAACAUAAAACACAAAUAUAUUAGAAAAAUUCUUAGAGGCACAGUAGAAUAACACAAGACUGGAAAAUAGUUGACAGCAUGAACUUAAUAUUUAAAAAUCUGAUUUGUGUGAAUGAAUCUCACGUGUAGCAGCAACAUACUUAUGGGGAUUGGAUCUAGGCCAUCAGACUGGCAGGUAAAUAAAUGCAGGACUGGUGGAGUUAAUGUUUCACUAGAAAGUCAGCUGUCAUGCAUGGCUUGCCUUGACUAUCCAAACCAGAUGCGUAUUUUAGGACAAUUGCUAGAGAAAUGAGGCGAAUAGGCCAACCAGGGUCAUUGUAUCAACAAAACGUACAGCCUGGUAUGAAGUAUAAGUCAUUUGGGUCACACUUUACAUUGUAUUGAUACCUUGGAGUUAUUUGCAUCACUGCAAUUGUUUGUCCUUGAGUGAGCUUUUGUAUUUGCAUUGUAUGUACAUGCUAACUUGUACUUUCCUGCUGACCUAUUGACAGGCCGCCUUCUCAAAAGAGGGUUCUAACCUCAAGGAGUCUUUCCUGGUUAAAUAAAGGUUAAAUGAAAUGAAAGUGGAUUUAGCUAGUGUUAUAACAUGUAACUACACAAUAACUACCAUGUACAGCUGAGUAAUUGCAUGGUUACAUAGAGUUAAAAUAGCAAAGGUGCAACUUAAUAUAAAAGUAUUGGCCAGUUUUUAUAUGUGGAUAGGCUAAUUAUGAUACAUUUCCCCGAGAAUAACUGGAAAUUAUUUAUUGGAUGGUGUUCAAAAAUGAAUUUACAUAUCAUACUCAGUGCUUGACUUGGACUAAAAUAGAUGCCAGUACUCAUUUUGUGUGCCAGGAAUUAUUUAUAUUUAGGUGCAGGAACUCCACAAUACUUUUGAGUUAAUAUUCUGUAAGAGGUGCAGGAACUCAAGCAGUGAAAAAUGGAGGUGCCGGGUAUUGAACUCCGGUGAGCUCCUGCCAAGUCAAGCACUGAUCAUACUGAUAAACGUUGACGUAUUUUGAUUUAAUCAAGUCAGGUAUCUCACAGAACUUCAUAUUUUCCUUCACAGAUCCAAAGUAAAUGUCUCCAUUUUUGUUUGAUUGUAGAUUAUUGUAGGUUUAAUCAGAAAAGGAGCAUGGCCAUUUACUUUCUGAGUCUUGCUCUUGGGUUUUUGACACUUUCUCUUUCAAUAUGACUGUUAGACUGUGAAUAGUGGUUUUGGAAUGUAUAAACUAAAGUGAAAGAAAGAGGAAGUGGAGAAGCCCAAGAAGAGGCAGAGGCAAAGACAGCUGCUCGCCUGAAAAGGUGUGGGGUUUUUAAAAAAAUGCUGCCUCUGUCUCUCAGGCAACAGGGAAAAAACAUGUUGGAGCAGCUAGAGAAACAGCCUCUACAGAAAUACACCCCAACAGUCCUUUGUUAUUUGCCUCAAGUGUGCCUAAUAAUUGCUAAAUGGCUGGGACUUAAGGGUUCAGACAUUUAUCAAAUUAAUAUUUAAUCAUGGUAAGUCAGUUGGAAAAUAGCUUAUGAAGUGCAGUGCUAUUUAAUUAUAAAAGCAAUGUGAGCAUUCCUUUUUAUGGUUAGGCCAUUUAUAAUAUUCAAUGCACUAAUAAAGCUUUCCGGAGCAAACAUAUUCUGUGGACAGCUUAUCUCAUUUCAUAUAAAUAUAGCCUUUUUCCUGUGGUCAGAUAGAAUUGCAGAAUAGUUUGACUCCCUUCAUGACAUUAGUUAGGUUGAUCUGGUUUUGAAACAUUUCAUGUUGGAACUGAUACUGCAACUGUCUUUGGUCGUCUGAUAAAUGUGUAAUGAUGCCGUCCGUGUUCAUUGCAAUAAACUAGGCUGUGUUUUUCAUGUCUUUUUUGUGUGAAUACACUCUGGCUUAAGUCCUACUGUUUGUGUGCCUUAAGCCAGACCCCGAACACGUAGCUAUAGCCUUCUGUACAAAACUUGGCACUAUACCAAGAUAGGUCUUAGUUUUUUAGUUUUGAAUAUCAUCUGUGUUCUGAACACAAAUAUGUACACGGUAUUAACUUUGUUAGAGUGUGAUGAGUCUGCAUACCAUUAAUUAUUUGAUACAAUGUGGCUGUAUAAGUCCAAAAUCAUACUUCAUGCAGGCAUGCACGCAUACAUGUUUUUAUCUCAUCGGCCCAGCAAUUAUAGGAAGUCUACGGUCAGAGCUCACUGAAGUUGAUUACACUUUUUAAAUUCUCAUAUAGCCACAAGGAGGCGUUUGGUAUCAUAACGUUGCACAUUACCGGUACUGUACAGUCUGUAUUCCAUGACUAAGCCCAGCUGUUGCAUGUGUCACGUUCACACCACAAGGAGGCAGUAUAUAACCCACUCACACACUUUCAGGAAACAAAGAAGUAAACAACUUUGUUUUUUGGGACAACAUUUCACCCCUGAUUUUGCAAUCUAGAGGGCCUGUAACGAAAUGUUCUUUAAGAUAUGAUCAAUGUAUUUGUAUUGCAAGCAGAUGUACUUAAAUUUACUUUUCAUGUUUAUGCACAUUUCCUUUAUCAUUAUUACUUUUUCUUGAAGUGGUAGCCUAUAUGAAAUGGUUAAAAAACUGUUUCAUGAUCAUUCAUACAGGGCUUUACAGACUUUUCUAAUCAUCAUCAUGUUUGCUCUCUAAGAAAAUCAAUUUUGCAAGCUGUGCAUGUUCCGUUUCUUGGAACUAAUGCAUAGACCACAUGUACAGAAUGUUAAAAAUGGACAUGAGCAAAAGCUAAAAUAAAUACCUUUGCGCAAUAGUACAAUGUUUUUGUCUAAGAACCUGUAACCAUCAAUCACCAAGCACUGUUUUCUCUGUUCGCUCGAGCACUCCACACCCAGGGAAGAUGUUUAUUAGCCUGCUACAAUCUAUGCAUGGCGCCUUACAUAAUACAUUCGGAGAUCCCGCCCCCUUUCACAUCAAGCAAAAAGGAGCUGUGGCUGCCUCUACUGCAGCAGUUUUGUUUUGUACGUGUAGCGACUAGGAUGUCAAGAGACAACUGAAAUAUUCUACGUAUUUUUGACAACUUGAACAAGGGCGCAAGAACAUUUUAGGAGAAGUGUUCUCUUCGGAAUUAACAAGCCUCAAGAUGAUUUUCGGCAAAUUGAAAAAGUUUUACAUCGUGUUUGACUCUCCAGAAAUCGACUCUCCCCCCGUCUUCAGCAGUGGGGACGUGGUGUCUGGAAAGGUUGUUUUGGACCUUGCAGGGGAAAGUAAAGUGGAGUCGUUGAAGUUGCACGCCGAAGGUUUUGCUAAAGUGCAUUGGACCGAGUCUCGUUCGGCUGGGUCUAGUACUGCUUAUACUCAAAACUACAGCGACGAAGUUGAAUAUCUCAACCGAAGAGAAGUGCUUCUGCAAGCAGAUAAUGGCGAGCUCACCCUCCUCCCUGCUGGAAGACAUGAAUUUCCAUUUAGUUUCCAGUUGCCUGAUGAGACACUGGUGACAUCUUUCGAAGGCAAGCAUGGCAGCAUCCGCUACUGGGUGAAAGUGAAGCUGCAUAGGCCCUGGGCUACAGUCAGGAAGAUCAAGAAGGAGUUCACUGUCAUUGAGCCCAUUGACAUCAACACACCAGCCUUAUUGGCCCCCCAAGCUGGCAGUAAAGACAAGAUGGCACGGGUCUGGUACCACAACUUUGGACAGGUGUCAAUAACGGCCAAGAUCGAUCGCAAAGGUUACACGCCAGGUGAGGUGAUUCCUGUCUUUGCUGAGUUUGACAAUGCCACCUCACGCUCUGUGGUGCCCAAGGCUUACAUCACACAGACGCAGACGUUCAUCGCCCGGGGCACCAUGAAGCAGAAGCGGGCGGUGGUGGCCACGCUUAGUGGCGACGUGGUGGGCGCCCAGCGCAGGGAGACCUGGCACGGCCGCGCCAUCAAGAUCCCACCCGUCGGGCCAUCCAUCCUGCAGUGCCGCAUCAUCAAAGUGGAAUACAUGCUCAGAGUGUGUGUGGAUGUUCCUGGGACCUCUAAGUUGUGCCUAGAACUGCCCCUGGUGAUGGGCACGAUCCCCCUGCAUCCAUUCGGCAGCCGCACCUCCAGCGUCAGCAGCCAGUACAGUGUCAACCUGGAAUGGCUCCGCAUGGCCAUCCCCGAGCAGCCUGAGCCUCCUCCUGAUUACAGCUCUGUGGUGACUGCUGAGGAGGCUGAGCAGAACACUACGGCCCACUGUCCUGAGGAGGACCUCAGUGGGAUCAUGGAGCACCCACUUAGGGCCUUUGUCCAGGAGUUCCGCUUCCGACCCCCUCCGGUGUACUGCGAGGUCGACCCAAACCCUCAGCCCCUCAACAUGAGACGUCGCUGCAUGACGUGUUGAACCAACCACUUGAGUGUCACGUGAUGACCCGACUUAAUAAAGCAAAGAGAUUUGUCUUCUCCUGGAUUACUCUCCGAAACUGGCUACCCGGUCCCAAGAUAUGGCCUCUGUUGUUGGUAGGGACUAAGAGUACCACCGAGAGGUUGGAAGAGGAGAUGGAGGCGACAGAACCUGCUUGUGGAGGAAGCCCUUUUUAAAAAGAAAGAUGGACAUGUUACAUUGAGCAAGAAAAGGAAAUAACUUCUCCCAUGGUUCCUGUCCUCCCAAGUGAUUCUGGCUCUGGAUGAGGAAACAGAGCCCCUCCCGCCAAUCAAUGAUUCCCACACAAUAAAUGUUUUGUGUUUUACGGAGUUUGUGAAAAUAUUGGGGGAGGAUCACUUUGUCUUUGUGAGGGGGAGAGUUGGAGUUGCAGAUGAUACCUAAGCCUUAAAGAAUGCUAUGUGAUAUGUGCAGCUUACAUCAGCACAUUAAGAAAUAAUCAGCUCACUUGGUGUUGAGGCAUCUGUAGUACCCAACUCCCCCUUGCCUGGUAACAUAUAGCCUAGAUGUCAAAACCUGCUUUAUGUAUUAUGACUCAAUCAUGAUGUUCCCAUGACUAUUUCUACUGUUAGUCAAGUAAAUUAGAUUUAAGUAAGCACUUAUCUGAGAAGUCAUGGUUUGGUGAAGAGGAGUAGAGUCAGUAGGUUUAGAUAUUAAGCUGAUGUACACAGGUAAUACUAUGCAAAAGGGAAUGCCUGCAAUAUCUGCAAAUGAACUGAAUUGAUUGCAUGAGAGAUUCCGAUGCAGCAGCUAUCCUCUGUAUGGAGCUGUUUAACGUAUUCUGAAUGUUAAUAUGACAGUAAUGGAUGAAAAAACAGUGGAUUUCUUUGCAUGUGGAUUAAUUGGUGUUGCGUAAAAGCUAGUUCUCUAGCACAAACCUGUGCAUAAUGUCUUCUCAGAAAAUAGAGACUAGGACUGAUUUGUUAUGACCCUUCUCAACAAUGAUAAGAGGAAGAAAAGUGUGAGUGUGUUUUGAAGCUGCUGCAGGUUUUAGAAGCAGCUAAGGAGGAAAUAUCUGAGCCAUGUGGUUUGUGCAUUUGAUUCAACCCAGAUGCCUGUGCCUUGAUAUUUUUUUUUUGAACAGUCUAUAAAUGUCUGCAGAACGUUUGUUCAGCGUUGCAUUAAGCCUUAAGUUGGAGAUGACACUUUGAAGUGUACUAAAGAACAUUCCAAUAAAUUACUGAGGACCUCAUUUCCAAAUAGUGGAGAGAAUGGUGGCUUCAGGUUAGCAACGCAGCUUUGGUGUCGUGCGCAGUGCAGCACACACCUUAAACUGAAUGUAUUUGAUACAAAUGCCAUUGUUGAUUCACAGAACUUGCCAAAGUUUUUGUAAUUCUUGUUUCUAAUAAAAACACUGAAAUAGA